GUGUCUAUACCCUGUCAUGUAACGUGGUGGUAGCAGUGGUAGAAGAUGGCAAGAAACGAACGAAUCGCGUGCUAAUGCGAACGAAGCUAAUCGAGUAUUAUUCGCGACGGCCGUGUAGUUCUCGGUAUUGUCGACGUCCUCGAGAUUUCGGUGACGAUAUACUGUCUUGCUUGGCGACGAUGUGAGAAGCCGAAGCGAAGCUCGAAAGGGGGGUAAGAGUUCGGCGAACGGAACGGCCGAAAACUCUUGCAGCCGAUGUCAAACAUGCGGCGACCAAUUUCGCAGAAAAGUCUACCGAACCGACGGUGUGUUUCGGCCAAGAUUUGUCAGUGAAACCAGUGCCAAUGAGCGUGAAUAUAUGGCGGCGCGAGUACUUUUACUGAGCAUCUUGUUUACAGAAGUGCUAAAGCCCGCUUGUGCCGCAGGUGUCAAAGAAAUUGGAGCCGGUUUACACAACAUAAACAUUUCUAAACCAGAAAGCUUCAAUACUAGUCCCACCAAAGGUUCUGGCGUAACAUUAGAAAUUCAACCCAGUGGUCAUGUGAUAUUAGGAAAAAAAGGAAUUAUACUUAGUUGUAUAGCAGGUUCAAAUCAAAAUGUAUCUUGGUUACACAAUGGGAUAUCAGCACCACCAUGUGGUAUUACGCGUUGUACGCUUCUCCGUAAUGGCUCUCUUCAUUUACAUAAGAUGGUGCAAAAGUUUAAAGAAAAAAAUAAUACUACAAUUAAUUUUAGAGAUUACAUUAAAGAUGAGUACCGUUGUGUAACACAUACUAAUUUAGGAAGUCUACGAUCAUCUCCUACAUUUAUACAAAUAGCUGAACUUGCCCAUAUAUUUAAAGAAUCACCAGAAAACAUAACUGUACAUGAAGGUGAAGUAGCAAGAUUAUCUUGCUUAAUAGAUAGUGUUCCUUUUCCUCCUAAUGUCACAUGGCAGCAUAAUGGAGAAAAAUUAUUGCCCAAUCAUAAUAACUCAAAUAGUAGGUAUUUUAUGGUACCACCAGGUGUUCUGUACAUAAAAGCAACGAAGUUAUCAGAUGCUGGUUCAUAUAGAUGCAUAGUAAAUAAUGAAUUCCUAAAGAAAACCAAAAAAAGUAAAGAGGCAAAAUUAACGGUUAUCUCUCGACCAGAGGGUAACGGGUCGUAUACGCCACCGUUGUUGUUUCCACAAGUUUCAUACAAUCAUUGGUUGUUAAAUGGAACAAGUCUUACUUUAGCAUGUGCUGCAUCUGGAUAUCCACUUCCACUUAUGACGUGGACAUUUAUUCCUCGCUAUACUGAUAAUCUUAAUGUUGCACAACCUCGCAUUUUGCUUAAUUCUAGUAUUGGAAUUAGUAUAUUGUCAUUAGUAAAUGUGAGUGUAUCUGACGCAGGAGUUUAUCUAUGUUCUACAAAAACUAUUGUUGCAAAUAAUUUGGAGAUUCAGAAUAUUACAGUGGAUAUUUUGGUACCACCUACGUUUUUGAAAACACCUAAAAGCCAAGUUUGUCCGAAUGGAAGAACUGCAAGAUUUGAGUGUCAAGCACAAGGGUUGCCUGUGCCUAAAAUAUAUUGGUUGAAAGACUCAUUAAAUAUUACAGUAAACGGACGUAGGACUACAUACGUGAGAGAACAUAAUAAAAUGGAGUUGGCAAUAUCAGCAACAGUUCCUUCUGAUUCUGGCAUUUAUCAAUGCGUUGCUGUAAAUUCAGCUGGAGAAAUUUGGGCCGCAGGUCGGCUUCAAGUGAAUACGUCUCGUAAUAGUCCUGCUGCACCUACCUCUCUAGAAUGUCGUGCUCUAUCACCAGUUAAAAUUUUUAUUUCCUGGGUUCCACCAAAGUCUCUACCAUACACCAGUAUUACAGCUUAUACCGUCCAUUACAGUCCCGUAGAAGGAGGUAAGGAAGAAGUUUCACCACCUGAACCUGGCAAUUCUACAUCGGUAGAAGUGACGAAGCUUCUUGAACCGUUUACUAAUUACUCCUUCUAUGUGCGAGUGUGGAACAAUAAUGGUCCUAGUGACCAAUCAGCCACCAUUUUGUGUUCUACAGCUCCAAGUGUUCCUAUAAGUGUACCAAAAGUAAAAGUGAAUAUAAUUAGUAGUACAAAAUUAAAUGUAUCAUGGGAACCACUGACGAAGAAGGAGUCUCGUGGUAUCGUCGUACAAUACAAAUUAUUAUUGAGACGACACGAACAACCGUCUUCUCGUGCUCUUCAUUUUCGUGCUAAUGUUGAAUCUUACAUACUUUCCGACUUGAAACCUGGUGCACAAUAUGAUCUACGAGUAUUAGCGAAAACAGAUGUAGGCUGGCCUAAUAUGAGCGAAUCACAGUUGGAAUGGACCACUGUGACUAUGCCAUCCGCAGAAUCAAUUGUUAUCAAAAAUAUUGUGGAUAUACAAGUACUACUUGUAAAUUCUUCAGUUGUGAAGGUGAAAUGGAAAAUAAAUGUUAAGGAAAAUGAUAAGAUUGAAUCAGAAUUUGAAGUUUGGAAAAUCUACUGUGAAAAUCAAAAUGGAUAUAAAUUAGCAAGUAUUUCUUUACCACAAAAUAUUACUGAAUAUAUGUUUACUAAUCUCGAUGUAAAUGUAUCGUAUACGGUGGGUUUGUGUAUGAUGAAGUCUGGUGAACCAACUAGUUGCCUGACAAAACAAAUUGAAACUAUCCCACCAGAUACAAGCAAUGUACCAAUGGCGUUGGAAGCUAUUCCUAUUUCAUCUACUUCCAUUAACGUAACGUGGUCAUUGAGUGACAUGCAUGAAAUGAAUUCUUUUGAACUGUGUUACCAGUCCAUUCAUACAACAAAUUUAGAAGGCCCUAAAUGUAUUAUAUUAAACUCUACCAAGGCAAGUGUCAACAAUCUUAAACCAUUUACGCUAUAUCAAUUUAAAGUAAGAGCUAUUCAAAACAACACAAACCAAAGCAGUUUCUAUAGUGAAGCUAUAGAAUGUUAUACUAAUGAAGACAUUCCUGGAAAGGUGGAAGAGGUACAAUGGUUCUUGGUAAAUAAUACAAAAGUACGAGUUGCAUGGAAGGAGCCAAGCAAUAUAAAUGGCAUAAUACAAAAUUAUUUUGUCAUAUAUACCAUGGAUUUAAUGGAUUCCAUGACCACGUGGGAAAACGUGACGGUACCUGGUAACAAAACGUCGGCGAUUUUAUUAGGUUUGACUCCAGGAAAACGAUAUUUCGUUAUGGUUCAAGCUACGACAAAAGCCGGUUAUGGUAAACCCUCUGAUCCGAUCAUUAUCAUCACCGGUGGUAGUGUAUCAAAAAUACCUGUUUCCCCAGACGAACAAAAGCCAUCGCAAAACGUAAAACCAGAUCAGAGUCUUGGUGUGAUUCUUGGCGCGAGCAUAAGCAUUGGAUUUAUCACAAUCUGUCUGUGUAGUAUGUAUUGUCGAAGAAAGUGGGAGAAUGCUCGUAUUUUGAGAGACAAUGUGCAGGCAACGAAAGGACGUUCAUUGGUACGAAAUGGGAACAGGUGUUGCGUAGAAGAGACCUCUACGUCGGUGAGCCAGCAAAUGAACACCAGGGUAACGCCCAAUGAAAUUGAACUUGCUGUUCUUUGCCCAUCGUCUCCGAUCACGACAAAUCCACAUUUAGAUACCAAGGGUGGGAAAUCAAACGGAAUUCUUGAAUCCUGUGCGAAGGAACCUUUACUACCGUCAUGGGAAGUUAAUGGUGAGCCUAAGGAUAUUCAAAUAACAAAAAGUUCACAGUACAAAGCAAAGGACAGCGUUGUCUUCGUUAAACAAACGCAAGAGCAUGAACUGGAGCCAGAUUUGGAAGGCACGCAGCUCACGAUGGUCAAUUGUACUUUAGGCAGUAGCAGUAGCAGUUUAAACAACAACUCGGGAUGUCCGGACGGAGAUACAUCCUUGUCGAAAUCUAUAUGUAUAUCUGUUCCAGCGCUUGGACCAAACGGAUGAAAGCAGUAGGCAAUACGAUCCGAGUAUUUCACACUUUCUUCCUCUGUUACUGUUACAACAGGUAGGAUGCAAAAGUUUUUCCGGUGGCUCAAAUCAACGUGUUAAUAUGUAUAGUAAAAGAAGUGUACACGUGGGUUGAAAGAUGAAACGCGAAUGAAAGUUCUCAAGCAAGUAGAAGCAAUGCAAGUUACUACACUCUACGAGUUGAAUAUGACACAGUUUGUAAAUGGGAAUGCCACGAUGGAUUCGUAAGUAAUGUAAAUAAUAGUGUCAUAGAAACGCGUCGAAUAUGAGAACAGGCUGUUGUAAAUAAUAUUUUCAAGCAAGUUAUUUCAUUGAGAACACACAGUAUUCCUGAAUUAAUGAUUCGGUGAGAAAUCUAGUGACUUUUAGAUUUCAUGUUUUGUUAAAUGGUACUGUGCUAUGGAUAAAUCAUACGAAUGAUACUUAAAUAUUCAUUAGCUAAUUUGCUCACAUGAGUUGACGCCUGGAAAUUACGAAUGAAUCUUUAAGGCACGAAAGAGAUUCUUGAUGUUUCUGUAAAUAGGAUUAAUUAUCAAUCUGUGAAUAUGUUUAUAAAAAUAUCAUGUUUUUCGAAUGAUAGCGAAAGAUAAGUAAAUAAUGCAUUCCUUUUAUACUAAGAAGGACAAAAUUCAUGAAUAUUCGGAUACAGGCCUAAGUUAAUUCAUGAUAUAUAUAUACAUAUUGCUUUUGAAAGAAGCAAUAGUACCGAUCAUUCCACAUUCUUACAUUUUCCGUUAGCCGAAUCUAAAUUAGCAAGAGGAGUCUUUUAUUUUUUCAAUGAUUAAGCAAUGGAAAAGAUAAACUAAUCAGAUCUUAACGGAUUCGAAAUAGGACUUAGAUUUGCUUUUUAAUCCCAGUGCUACCAACGCAAGUACAUGUAUAGCAUUUAAAACUUCGACAAAUAUUUAUUAAAGAGGUGGACGUCAUCUCAAGCACUUUUUGAAAUGAAAAUAAUUGAGGUGUUCAUAUUAAUUUAACGAGGUCUUUAUAUUAUAUGUGUAAUCAUUGUAUUAUACACUAUUGAAAGCAUAUAAAAGUGAACAGGAAAAAAUAAGAUUAGAUUUUUAAAGGAAAAUCUUCUAAAUUUUUUAACACUAUGUACAAACAUCUAUAAAAGACCAUAUAUAGUUUUAAAAUAUAUAUUAAAAUACGAACCUAGUAAUUGGAUAACGCAGUUAUAUUCUAAAUAUUUUUUCCUGUUCAAAAUGUCAGUUUACGAUAAAGAUAAAUCUUACGUUGUACAAGACAUUUAAAGUUAACUACAACAUAAAAGAAAAAAAAAGAAAGAAAAGGGAAGAACGAAACAAAACUACAAAAUGUAUUCCAGACUGGUGCAUGUUACCAUGACAGAGAAGAAACCCAACACAGUACCUGAUAGAAAUAAGCUAUAUCUUUUAGAGUGAGACGUAGAUAUGUCAUGUUAUAUUAUUGUACCUCCAUUAAUUGUUAUUUAUUACAUUUUACACGUUCAGUACUACCACAUUCAGAAAAUGAUCACAUACACUGAAUCAUGCAAUAACGUAGUCACUACAAGCACAGUAUGAAACCAUGUAAAGAUAGAAUCAAUUCAAUCUGCACAUGCUAGAGAUUUUUAUUGUACAGAUUUCUACAACUUUAUAUGAAAUAAUUUGUUAAAUAUUAUAAUUUCAUAUCAUUUCUAGGAAAGAAAGGAAAAGAAAAGAAAAGAAAGGAAAAUACUUCUGCCUUACGUUAAAGACAUGUUACUAUUAAGGGUGCGUUAAUACCAUCUGUUCAGACAGGUAACGUUGUGUAAACAACUUUUUGUCUAAAUGUAGACGUUACGCGUUUGAACGGAUAGCAUGAGCGCACUUUAAAACAGAUUUUUUAUAUAAAACAUACUCUGCAACAAUACUUUCUUAAGCAUAAAUUACGGUUUACUUAUGUUUCAUUAAAACUCAGUACCAAUAGAUUUAACAAGACUUUAAGAACGAAAUAGUUACAAGAUCUGAUUGAUUUUAACAAAAAUAGAAAGAUGAAAAUUUCUUCAGUUGCACUCCAUGUAUAGAAAUUUGUUUCGCAUUACAUAAUCACGUUUUUCUUAUCAGAAUCUCAUUUCAUAGAACGCGCGAUACGUAUUUAUUCUUGACAUUGAAACACAACAAAUUCGAUUUGUUGCAAACAUAUUUUUCACAGAUAAAUUUUGCUUGUUCUGUGAUUUUUUUUGUAUUUAAACGAUUUGUUUUCCAUUUGUUAUUGUAUUUAACUUGAACCUGUUACAUUUUACGUUACUGACAUAUAAUGGUAUACUUUUAUAUUUGUUGAAAGUAUUUGUUACUCUUCUUAGAGUUGAAUGGGGAAAACAAGAAUCGAUAAUGUGUAAUCAGUAGGCAACUAUGAAUUAUCUUGAUCGCUCAUAUAUACAUUUGUUUUCCUUUUGCAUUGAACUCUCUUUGGGAAAAUUUCUAAAUAUUUUUUCGCACUGUAUGUAUAUGUUAAUUAUAUUAAGCUUGUGUAAUUUUAUAAUAUUAACGGAACUUUAAUAAUUCUAAGG